AAGGAGUCCAAGUAAGUUCAGCAAAACAUUCUCCACUUCGCCUGCCUAAAGUUAAUUUCGAUUGUUCUUAAACGUCUUGUCUUUUAAACGUCCUAUUCUUUGAGCGUCACACGUGACGUUGAAAUCAAAACUUCUCCUUCACUUCCUGUUUUCUGCUUCUCGCGUGCAAGGACGCAAGGCAUGCUGCGUACUCACGAGGAGUGUGCAGGAAAACAUCGCGUACUUCAUUCAAAAGGUACUCCGUUCGUACUCUAAUUUCAGGCCCCAAUUAGGACAGAGGAAACUCCGAGUACUUUCCGACGACAAAGAAAUGUCUCAUUUGCUGAAACACGCCUUCAAGGGCGGCAGGGGGGCCGCGAUAUUAGUGCGGCAGCGCGGUCGAAUUCUCGUGUUCUGCCGCCACGCUUCGCAAGGUUCUCACAUGGACGUCCCCAUCACCGAAGAGAGACCUCUCGAGCUGACCACAACGAAGGUCAAGAAAGAACCAUUCGUCAAAAAUCUGUUCGUCGGCAAGUUCGAUAAGUCUAUGCUAGUCUAUCCAGAAGUCCUGAACAAUGAGCGGCUCAAGGAGCUCGAGUCCAUGGCAGACGCGGUGCGGAAGUACUUCGACGAGAACGUGGACACACCCAAGAUCGACCGGGAGAAGCAGAUUCCGCCAGAGGUCCUGGAGGGCUUCAAAUCCCUGGGAUUGUUUGGACUGCAAGUCCCAUCAGAUUAUGGGGGCCUUGACCUGACGGCCACCGAAUAUGCGAGAAUGUGUGAAGUCACGGGAAGAGAUGGUUCUAUUGGCGUUACCUUGGCAGCACACAACUCUAUUGGCCUGAAGGGCAUUCUCCUGUGUGGCAAUGAGGAGCAGAAAGCAAAGUACCUGCCAAAGCUGGCCACAGGAGAGCACAUUGCUGCCUUUUGCCUCACUGAGCCUUCAAGUGGUAGUGAUGCUGCAUCAAUCCAGAUGACUGCAACACUAAGUAGCGACAAGAAGUUCUAUCAUUUGAAUGGCAGCAAAAUCUACAUCAGCAACGGUGGCAUCGCCGACGUAAUGACUGUUUUUGCAAAAGUCAAGGUGGAUAUGCCGGAUCGCACAAAGGAAGGUGUUGUGACGGCGUUCAUCGUUGAGAGGGGCUUCGGCGGUGUCACUUCCGGACCUCCGGAGGACAAGUUGGGAAUCCGUGGGUCUAACACGACAUCCGUGUUCUUCGACGACACCCCGGUUCCGGUCGAGAAUGUGCUUCUCAAAGUCGGCGACGGUUUCAAGAUUGCAAUGAAUGUUCUUAACAAUGGACGGUUUGGAAUGGGUGCAGCCAUAGCGGGUGGCCUGAGAGACUUGAUCUCUCUCACGGCAGACUAUGCUGUAAACAGGGUCCAGUUCGAGAAGCCGCUCUCGGAGUUCCACAUGAUCAAGGACAAAGUGAGCAAGAUGACAGCCCAGUUGUAUGCCAUCGAGAGCAUGGUCUACGUUUCCUCCGCCAUCUUGGACGUCGUUGAGGAACCAGACUGUGCCCUUGAGUGUGCCAUUGUAAAGGUGUUCAGCUCGGAGGCUGCCCUGAGCGUGGUGAGCGAGUGCCUACAAAUCCACGGGGGUUCAGGCUUCAUGCGAUCAUUACCCCUGGAACAGUACUACAGAGACAUGCGGAUACUCUCAAUUUUUGAGGGUACGAACGAAAUCCUGAGGCUUUUCAUUGCUCUUAUGGGGAUUCAGCAUACCGGAAAAGCAAUUGGAGAAAUCAUCAAGAAACUGAGGAACCCCUUGGCCCAUCCCUUCCUGGUGUUGCAGAAGGUGUGGGAAAACAGGCGGGACGUCGCGGACAAGCCUAUCAUGGACCUGGACCUCUACACCAGCUUGCAUCCCUCUCUCAAGACUGAAGCAGACACGCUGGAGUACUGUGUCAAGCGGCUCAAGUUCUGCGUAGAGGUGUGCCUCGAACGCUUCGGAAGGGAAAUCGUGGAAUACCAAAUGGUGUUGUCCAACCUAGCGGACAUGGUCAUAGACGUCUAUGCAAUGUCUUGCGUACUUGCAAGAGCGUCGCGUUCCUAUUGCAUCGGUCUUCGAAAUGCGGAUCAUGAGCUCGACAUUGCGGCUGCCUUCUGCCACGAUGCGAAGAAGAGGAUAAAGCUGAAGGAGGACGAAAUCAAUGACGAGGUGGUCGGAAUGGUGAACAUGAGGAAACGAGACGUUGCGAACAGAGUCUUCCAAGAGAAAAUGUAUGCUGCAGUGCAUCCGCUCACCAAGAACUACUGACAAAGUGUUCAGUAGUGGCAUUGCGAUUGUGUACAGGUAGUUUUAGCACUAGCAUAAAAAUGUUGAUUAUUUUAUUUCAUCGCCGCAAGAAAAUGUUCAUGACACGAGAAAGAAUAAAUAAUUGUUUGUUACAAA